AAACAAGACACCCUCUGUUCGCUCCUUUGACUACGUAGAUUUCUACUCUUGCGUUCCAAAUUUUGGGUUCUGACAGUCCUUUCCUUUCCUUUUUUUUCUUUCUUUUUUUUCGUUUUUUUGAAUCAAAAUUAAAUAUGCCUUUUGCUUCAUUCUUGGUCUUUUCUUGAGCAGACUCUUGUGCUUGGUAGGUUGUUUCGAAUGGGCCCGAUUUUCCACUGAAGGUGUUGAGUAAUGGUGUGAAAGAGAGAAUAUAUGAGAAGUGAAACGAGAAUUGAGAGGAAGAGCUGUCUCCAUCUGACUUGAUAUCUCUCUCCAUUGCUUUUUCAUUUUUGCCCAUUUCUUGCUGGCUCGCAUUUUGGGGGCUUAGGGUUUCCUUUUCGAGGAUUAGACACUUUGUGGGGUUUGCAUUUUCUAUUUACUAUUCAUUCUGCGAAGUUUCUGUAUCUGGGUUUUUGAUUUUUUACAUAGCUUUGCUCGGUGGAUCAGUUUAUUCUUUCAGUUGAUGUUUCGAUUUGGGUGGGCUCACUGCAUACCUCUCCGAUAUAAAUUGAUCGUGCAGGGUGAAGGUUUGAAGAUGAGAGUAUAUUACCCCAAUUGAGCUUUGAAGCUGCGCAUGCUGUUAAUUUGGAGGAAUUUGGUAUUGGCAAGUGGUUACAUACUCAAAUGGAUAGAGUGAUUCAGCCUCCCUUGGUGGAUACAACAGCAUGUCUUUGUAGGGUUGAUGCAGGCCUCAAAACUAUUGCUGGGGCUAAAAAGUAUGUACCAGGGACAAAGCUGUGUCUUCAGCCCGACAUUAAACCUUCAAUUCACCCCACCAGACAGAAGGCGCCACGUGACAGGAAUAGGAGUCAGUCCCCUCUGCUACCUGGACUUCCAGAUGAUCUUGCAAUCGCUUGCUUAAUCCGUGUACCAAGAAUUGAGCAUUUCAAGCUCCGUCUUGUCUGCAAAAGAUGGUAUCGCCUUUUGGCUGGUAAUUUCUUUUACUCGCUUAGGAAGAAUCUUGGAAUUGCAGAGGAGUGGAUAUACAUCAUGAAGAGAGACCGAGAUGGAAAAUUAUCAUGGCAUGCGUUUGACCCAAUGCAUCAGGUUUGGCAACCUCUACCUCCUGUACCAAGAGAAUACUGUGAAGCUCGUGAUUUUGGAUGUGCAGUUCUCAGUGGUUGUCAUCUCUACUUGGUUGGCGGGAAAGAUCCAGUUAAAGGCUCCAUGAGAAGAGUUGUCUUCUACAGUGCUAGGACUAACAGAUGGCACCGUGCUCCAGAUAUGCUCCGGAGACGACAUUUUUUUGGUUGUUGUGUCAUAAACAACUGCUUGUAUGUGGCUGGUGGGGAGAACGAGGGGACUCAUCGGUCAUUGAAAUCAGCUGAAGUUUAUGAUCCCAACAAAAAUAGAUGGUCCUUCAUUUCUGAUAUGAGCACUGCAAUGGUACCUUUCAUAGGGGUUGUUUAUGGAGGAAAGUGGUUCUUAAAGGGGCUAGGUUCUCAGAGGCAGGUUGUUUGCGAGGUGUAUCAACCUGAAACUGAUAGCUGGAGCCCUGUUUAUGAUGGAAUGGUUGCAGGUUGGAGGCAUCCAUGCACUACAAUUAAUGGGCAUCUCUAUGCUUUAGAUUGUAAAGAUGGCUGCAAACUUAGAAUAUAUGACGAAACAAGUGGUUCUUGGAGCAAACGUAUUGAUAGUAAAAUGCACUUGGGCAACUCGAAGGCUUUAGAGGCAGCAGCAAUCCUUCCUCUUAAUGGAAAAUUGUGCAUUAUAAGAAAUAACAUGAGUAUAUCUCUCGUCCAUGUCUCAAAAUCCGACCAUGGAUCCACUGCUACUACUGAUCAUUUAGGGGAAACUAUACCUGGGAAAGGACACUUGAAAACUUUAGUCACAAGUUUUUUGUCAAACCUUGCAGGUAGAAAUCGCCACAAAAACCGCAUAGUUCAAUGUCAGGUUCUUCAAGCUUGAGGAGGGGUUGUAGUUCUGGUCUUUGCUUUUCAAGAUACAGGUAAUAUAAGUAGUUCACAUGUUUGUUAUUAAAUGAUUGUACCCAUUGCCCUUUCCUGGCCGUCGUAUGUACUCACAGGCAUUAGAUAGGUAACAAGUGUUUGUUUUUUCCUCCUUAGAUACUAGACAUGUUUUAUGCCAGACAUUGUUCAUGCCCCUUAAUGAAGAGCACAGGCAAUUGUUGCGCGAUCCCCAUGUUUUCACUGAUCAAGUUUCUCUUGGGAGAUUAAACCUUUGUGAUCCUCUAAUUAUAAGAAGUGCUACUUGUAUUUUUCCCUAUGUUUUA